AUGGAAGAGGUCGUGGAAGAGGAGCGGAUGGCUCGUUCGGCAUUCGAGUUGGCGCCUAAGAUUGAUCUUCGUGAAAAGCGUGUUACGUUUCCCAAGCCAGCCGUUGAAAAGCACCCUUCAAGCAGACCUGCAAUUCUGAAACCGCCACCCGUUCGGCCACCCCCUACCAUCUUAGCCACCCAAGUAGCGAAAGACGUAGAUGUCGAGUGUCCAGGCUGCGGCGGCGCUCAUCGACUUGUUUCUUGCCCCGAAUUACAGAGGAAGUCACCGAGUGAACGAGCGCUGGUGGCGAAGGAGAAAGGCGUAUGUUUCAACUGUCUUGGAGGAAAGCACCGCAGUGCGGAUUGUCGUUCAAAACCCGCUUGUGAAUCCACCGGAUGCCGUGCAUGUCAUCAUUCGCUGUUGCAUUGUGCGGAGAGAGUUUUUCCUGAGAAAAGCACACCUCGUCAGUUCCCGUCAUCCGUCGGAGGCCAAGAAUGUUUUCAAGGACCUCAAACACUCGCCAUUGCUCCCCGCCUGACAUCUGAUGUUCUCUUGGCCGUGGUUCCCGUCCGACUUCGUGCGGGUUGCCGGACUCUUGACGUUUUCGCCCUGCUCGACACCGGGAGCCAAGCUACCCUUCUGCGUGAAGACGCGGCUAAUGCGCUUGGUCUUACGCGCCGGCCACGCAAAAUUCGUUUUGGAACCUUCCAUGGGAAAGAUCCGGUCAUCGAGACUCGUCUAGUGGGCUUCUCCGUUUCGUCGCUAGAGGGAGACCAAAGCUACAAGGUUUCCGACGCCUUUGUUGUGCCUCGUCUAAAUGUUGGCCAACGCAAGAUAAAAGAUGUUCUCGCUUCGUUCGAUUAUCUUCGUGACCUCAACUUUCCUGCUCGAGACGCUGGUGAAGUCCAGAUUUUGAUCGGGAUGGACGUUCAAGACGCCCAUCUAAACAUCGAGGUUCGUCGCCCUCCAACUGGAGUUCGGGGACCUAAUGCUGUGCUCACCCCAUUUGGCUGGUGCGUUGUUGGAAAGGCCUAUCCAUUACCGGCAGUGGAAGAUCCAAGCAUAAAUUUCGUUAAGCUGGGAACGAUCGAGCAGCUGGAAGAAUGCGUCGAAAGGUUUUGGAAAACCCAAUCUCUCCCAGUUCGUGAGGCCCCCAGUACAUUUAUGUCGUCGUCAGACAGUGCCGCAAUGGACCAACUCGAAUCGACCAUUCGGCACACUGGAACGCGUUACGAAGUAGGCUUGCCUGUUCGCCCGCAUUGCCCGAAGUUGCCGGACAAAAAAAGAGUUUGCACGUCGCAAGUUCUUCGCACUGGAGAGGAGACUUCUUUUACACAACGACCUUCGCCAAGCAGUUAUGGCGCAGAUGAAGGAGGUGUUUUGCAGCGGCCACGCAGUGAAAGUCACUUCUACAGCUCCCGGUUCCAAGGUGUGGUUCCUACCUUAUCAUCCGGUUCGACAUCCAACGAAGCCCAGCAAGAUUCGUCUCGUUUACGACGCUGCUGCCCGGUUUAA